AUACAAUCUCCGGUUUAGGAAAUUAAUGCCUUAUCCAUUAUGCUAUAGAGCCUUACUGUAUAGCAUAUACAUAGUACUGAUUUCUAAAAGUUAAAAAUGGUUAAAAUAAAGAAGAAAUUGUUAUCGGAAAUUUCUCAAGAAAAACGAAGCCAAGAAAAAAAGAAAUCUUUGAAUCCAUUUGAAGUGCAUAUUAAUAGGGAUAAACAAAAUGUGCUGGGUAGAAAGAGCAAAGCAGAUAAAGGACUUCCAGGUGUAUCGCGUGCAAAAGCAAUUAAAAAACGAAAAGAUACACUUCUCCAAGAAUAUAAAUUGAAGCACAAGAGUAACUUGUUUUUAGACAGACGUAUAGGUGAGAAAAAUUCAUUCAUGAAUGAAGAAGAUAAAGCUUUAGCCAGAUUUACAGCAGAACGCAUGAAAGCUCAUAAGAAAAAGAAUAUUUAUAAUUUGAAUGAUGAAGAAGUACUGACACAUAGAGGCCAAACUUUAGAAGAAAUUGAAAAAUUUGACGAUCCAAAAAGUGAUGACGAAUAUAGUGAUGAUGAAAAUGGAUCUGGUAAACUAAAUAAUAAAUUUGUUAAUGAAGCUCAUUUUGGUGGUGGCGUUUUGUCAAAAUCAGAGUCUGAAAAAUCUAGGAAAGAUCUUAUAGAUGAACUCAUAGCUGAAUCAAAAAAACGCAAAGCUGAGAGACAAAAGAUACGUGAACAGACAAUAGAUUUAACAGAAAAGCUUGAUUCUGAAUGGAGAGAUCUUCUUCCAAUCGUCUCAGCAGCCAAUAAAAAUGUUGAAGAAACAACACAUGCAAAGACUGAUGAUUAUGACAUUGCAGUACGCGAGUUGAAAUUUGAGGCAAAAGGUACACCAUCAGAUAAAUUAAAAUCUGAAGAAGAAAUUGUAAAAGAGGAAAAGGAGAAAUUGGAAGCCUUAGAAGCAGAUCGAGUUGCAAGAAUGAAAGGACUUAUAAAUACAAACAAUGGUAUUAAACAUAAAUCUGCAGAUGACCUUGAUGAUGGUUUCACACUAGAAAUUAUAAAUGAUGAGAUUCUAAUAAAUGAUGAUAAAGAAAAUUCAAUUGCACAAGAAGGUUCAAGCAAUGAAGAUACUAGUGACAUUGUUGAUAAGGGUAAUGAUAAUAAUAGUGAUGGUGAUGAUGAUAAUGCUAGUGAUUAUGAUGGUGAUGAUGAUGAUAAUGAUAAUGAUAAUGAUAAUAGUGAUGACAAUGAUAAAGAUAAUUUAAUUCUUAACAAUGAUGAAGAAACUGCAGAUGUUAAAGAUAAACAAGUAAAUGCUACUAAAGUGAAUGGUAUUAUUAGAAAAGAAAAAUCAGUUGAGAAUUCCAAUGAAGAAAUCUCAGAAUCUGAAAGUUCUAAUGAAGAUAAUUUAUCAGAUUUGAAAGAAAUAGAAUCUUCUAGUGAAGAAGAAAAUGAGUUAAACAAGAGCAAUAUGACAAUUAACUUAAAAGAGCAAAAAAUAAAAAAUGAUCUUUCAAAAAGAAAAAAAAUCAUGGAAAAUGCAAGGAAAGAAUUGCCUUACACUUUUGAAGUACCAGAAAGUUUUGCAGAAUUACAAGAAAUUCUGCAAAAUUAUAAUGCUGAUUGUCAAUCAAUUAUUGUAGAUCGCAUAAUUAAAUGUAACCAUUGGUCACUGAAUAAUACAAAUAAAGAAAAAUUAUCGAAUCUAUUUUUAUUUUUAUUACAGCACAUAAAUGAUCAUACUAUGGAAGAUGAUAUCAAAAGUGUGAUUAAAGGUUUUCAAAUUAUUGAUAGAUUAUCUCCUUUCUUAUAUGAUCUUGCACAUUUAAAUCCACAAAAUGCUAGUUCUGUUACACAAGAAAUAAUUAAAGAAAAGCAUGAAGAUUUUGAGAAAAAUAAAAGAAAAUACCCUGACUUAGAUACACUUGUCUUCUUUAAAUUGGUUUCUUUGCUAUUUCCAACGUCUGAUUUCAGACACCCUGUUACUACUCCCUCUUUAAUAUUUAUGUCACAAAUAUUAUUUAGAUGUCGUAUUAAAAAUAAAGUAGAUAUUUCAAAAGGUCUUUUUAUAUGUACACUUAUAUUAGAGUAUACAACAUUAAGUAAACGAUUCGCACCAUCUGUGAUAAAUUUCUUGCGCGGAAUAAUUUACAUAUCCACGCCUAAGCAUUUGAUUCAAGGAAUAAAAAUAAUACCUCCCUUUAAAACAACUGGAGAAUCGAGUAAUUUAUUGAUACUAGAUGAAGAUCAGACUAAUUUGGAUAUUAAUCCAAGUAGCAUUCAUAUGAAAGCGUCCGAUCUAGUAGAUGGACCAUUAGAUGAUGAUUUCAGAAUAAGAGCUUUAUUGAUAGCUGUAAAUUUACUGCAUGAAUUUAAAAAUCACCUAGAGGAACUAGAAGCUGCAUAUUCGAUAUUUGAACCAAUUUUAAAAUUACUCCAGCUAAAUUCUUUUAAUAAGUAUCCAUUGUCUGUGAUAAAACAUAUUAAGCAAUUACGAGAAGACUUGAAAGAAUUGAAGAAUAAAAAGUUGGAAUACAUUGUGGUUGAGAAAAAGAAACCAAAACCUUUAAGACUGUACGAACCUCGAAUCGAAACAGUAUAUGAUAGUAAGAAGCAUAAACCUAUGUCCAAAGAGAAAGCUGAAAGGGAAAAACUAUUGCACAAGUAUAAAAAAGAAAUGAAAGGUGCCAUGCGUGAAAUACGAAGAGAUAGAACUUUCUUAGCAAAAUUACAAAUAAAACAACAGAUUAAAAACGACGAAGAACGUAAACGCAAGGUGAAAGAGAUCUUCGGCGAAGCUGCGAUGCAGCAAAGUGAAUUAAAGAAAUUGAAACGAAAGAAAUAAUAUUAAUAAAAGAGAUAUUGUAUAAAUGAUUUUGAGCAAGAUUUGUUGACAUAAUCGCUAUAUUAGCGUUCUUUGAGAUUUUUGUAAUUUCAACACUAUAUUAAAUGUUUUUGAAUACCGUACGACAAUAAAAUGUACAUAAACCAUGUG